CUGGGCAUUUCUUCUCCACCUCUCUCCUUCGCAUACUCCCUUCGCCCACACUCCGCUGUUACCCAUCUCCUCUUCUCUUCCAACGCAACCCCCUUCUGAGUUGUUUCCCACACUCCGAUGCUACCGAUCUCCCUCUUCUCUUCCAACGCAACCCCCUUCUCCACGAACUAAUGGCAGAUCCCUAUUCUUCCUCACCGGUCAAAACCCUUCCUUCGGCUUUGCACAUGCAAUCAGAAAGUUUAGUUGAUGAAGGGAAGCCAACAUCGGUUGUAGAUCUGAAAUCCAAAAUUGAUCUUCCAAUAGAUCCAGUGCAUGCAUCGCCAACGAGGCCAUUUAUUUUCAGGAGGGUUCAUUUUGGUUACUCCAGCGAGGGUGAGACGGAUCUGAAUUUGGCGAUACGAAAGAAAUAUGGGGACAAUCUAGUUUCUGACACAUACGACGGGCUGGAAGGCUUGAAAGAUGGAGAGGAGGUGACUUCGGCAGGGGCGGAUGCAGGUGGCUACCAGACAUGUUCAGAUGACAGUUUAGACGAACGGGACGAAGCGGAGGAGGAGGCUCGACUUGAAUUGAAAGGGAAGUAGCAUGUUCCCUAUUUCUCUGUGCUAUGAACUGAAUAUACUCAUGGCGAAAUUCCUAGUUUGUUGCUUGUUUGUUGUUUGUUAUUUGUUAUUGUGCGCAUGUGUGAGUUGGGGUUUCAUGACUACUGGGAGCUAAUGAUGUAAUGGGGCUUGAGUUCAAUUUUUCUGAAAUUUGUUGGCUAUUCUACAUGUUGUUUUACUGAAGCCACCCAAUUGUGAAAUUGAAGGAGGUUCUGUUUGCAUUCACUAUUUUGUGGAAGGAAAUUCACACAUUGCCUUUAAACAUGUGUGCAUUACAACUAAAAUUUUACAUGGCAUUAAAACCUAGCAUUUGGGCUAACAAAACAAUUUAUAGAGAGUUUUGAUGUUUCUCCUUCUCCUUGACUUUGUGUGUGAAACGUGCUUGCAGGUGAAAGGGGGACGAGUUGACUGUCCGGUGGCUGUUCUGGAUUGGAGGGGAGCUCAGCUUCUUCCAUUGAUGGAUGUUUUUGUAUCUUCUUUUCUUUGUAAUGGACUUUAUAGGAGUAGACUUGAUGUAAUUUUUGGAGGGAUUUGUGAGGUUUACACAAAUUUAGAACCAUGUAAACUCAAGUUGAGAGGGAAAACCGUAUGUGGCUAAUAAAGAUCUAUUGCCAUGUACUGUAGCAGAAAGGAUGG